UGACAAAUUUUUGUUUCCGCCUGAUCCAUUCGUCGUCUUCCUACUUCCUAAGUUGCAUCGAUUCGACGAUGCAUCACUGAGCAUUGAGCAGCAACAAUACUAUCACACUACAAAUUUCAAACUCUUUACGCAAUUCCCUAUUCGCUGUCUUUACUUUCUGAGUUUCUGUUCUGUCAAAAGCCAUGAAUUCGUCGAUCUCACUCCGGGCUCCUCAAAACCAGUUCUUAUCCGGUACUCGGUUGAUGCAAGUGGAACAGUGCCUUAGUUCCAGUAGAGUGGUUUUCAUUCCCACCUCCCAGCAGAGAGCAAAACCUUUGAAGUUUAGAUCUCUCGCCGUGAAAGCUAGUGUUGAUGGAGGAAGAUCAAAUGGUGCAGCCAGUUUCGUAGGUGGUUUUGUGCUUGGUGGGAUUAUAGCUGGAACACUAGGUUGCAUAUAUGCACCACAGAUAAGCAAGGUGCUAGCAAGAGCUGACAUUCCUGACAAAAAAGAUUUGAUGAGAAAGCUGCCAAAGUUUAUAUAUGAUGAGGAGAAAACUCUGGAGAGGAGACGGGAAAUAUUGUCGGCAAAGAUAGAACAGCUGAACACUGCUAUAGACAAUAUGUCAUCUCAAUUUAAUACUAAUGAUGCUCCGAAUGGUAUCGCAGUUAACCCAGAUGAACUAGAAGCUUCCAUUUAAUUUACAAAAUCGAUUUGCAGUUGGAAAAUCCUGGUUUGUUCUUAUUCCUUCUAAACUAUUGUAUCCCAUACCACCCAUGUAUUAGACUUUCAUCAUAUAUUCAUAAAAGCUGCUACCAAGCAAAUGAGUGUUGAAAUAGUUGGAUUUUGUUUAA